AUUCUGCUCUGCGGUAGUAGUAUAUUCCACCUGAUUUUCAGCACGUUACACAUUUUGGCUAAAUUAUCAAUCGACUGCUCAAUCCAUGAUGUCAUCAACAACUUGAGUCGUAUUAUUGCUGAUGUUGUUGGGCACGUUGUGAGAGCGUUGAUGGCCCUAAAAUGUCUGAGCAGCAAGCAUCUGGACACAGCUACAUUGGAACACUGGAACGCCUUACUAUAUAAAUUCUAUGAAAUCGCGCAAACUGAAAAAAAUAUUCUCUAUUUGGAAGCUGCUUUAAUUAGCGCCCUCAUAGAUGUGUUGCGGUGCAAGAUGAGAUUGCUUGAUCAAAUUACAGAUACGGAUGAUCUCGUGGCAGAACAAAUGUGGAAUGAGGGAUCGGAAAUCUACCAUGUAACCAGUGACUUAUUGGGAUCAGCGGUACACCGGAUAGGCCAUUUUUCUCCGUCGCUUUGUCGGCAAGUUCAGCGAGGCCGUUCAGAUAAAGUUGGCAAUUCGUGCAAUGAGCUGUACUGGACUUUGAAGACACUUCAUAAGCCUUUACUUCAAUCGAAAUGGCGCUACAACCUUUACGAAGAACCACAUUCAAAAGCAAAAACGACUGAUUUCAUGGAUGUCUUCGAUUAUUCUGAACGGAACCAUCUGCGGAUGGCCAACAUCACUUUUCGCGUGAGAAACUGGAAACAACGUCCAAUGCACUUGCUUAAGAAAAAGGUGCCACAAUGCCCUAGUGCGUCCUUCUCAAACUUUGCCGUUUUAGCCAGUUCCAAGUUCAAAUGUAUUUCAAAGUGUUAUGUCGUCAACUCAACGUUGCUUUUCAACUGUCCGGUUCAUUUGAUUUUGUAAAAUAUGUGGAAAUUUAACAUUCAACCAAGCUGUUAUAUAGGCAUCAACAACAACAAAAAUCACAAAAUUUAUAGGAGUUAACAUGUCUUAAAUGUAUCUU